GCGAGAUGCCGCAUAUUUUUAAUGUAAACGAUAUGUGAGUCAGAAAUACAGACUGUCUGGCGCCGGCUGAUUGGAAUUAAGAGAUCAUGUAGCAGUUCAUUGUUUUCAUUUUACUAUGUGCAGGUGCAACAGGUGAUACGUGUGUUAACGAUGGGCUAGAUUGCCUGUCUGGGUGUCUUGGGUGUGGCCACGUGACGUAACCAUGACAACUGAGGACUUGUUACAGCCGGGCCAGGUGGUAAAGGAUCGCUGGAAGGUGGUCAAGAAGAUAGGAGGAGGUGGUUUUGGAGAAAUCUACGAAGGCUUUGACCUGGUGACGAAAGAAAAUGUCGCUUUAAAGUUGGAGUCUGCUAAACAACCAAAACAGGUGCUCAAAAUGGAGGUAGCUGUGCUGAAAAAGCUACAAGGUCGGGAUCAUGUCUGCCGUUUCAUUGGCUGUGGCAGGAAUGAUAAGUACAACUAUGUGGUGAUGUCCCUGCAGGGGAAAAAUCUGGCAGAGUUAAGGAGGAGUCAGUCGCGGGGGUGUUUUAGUAUCAGCACUACCCUCAGACUUGGAGCCCAGAUCCUCCGGGCCAUUGAGAGCAUACAUGAAGUGGGCUUCCUGCAUAGAGAUAUCAAACCGUCAAAUUUCUCUAUGGGCCGUCUCUCCAGUAACAGCAAGAAGGUGUACAUGCUGGACUUUGGCUUGGCCAGACAGUAUACGACAACGACGGGGGAAGUUCGUCCACCUCGUGCUGCAGCUGGAUUCAGAGGGACUGUGAGAUAUGCCUCAGUCAAUGCUCACAAAAACAAGGAAAUGGGUCGUCACGAUGACUUGUGGUCGCUUUUCUACAUGCUGGUGGAGUUUGUGGUGGGUCAGUUACCCUGGAGGAAGAUCAAAGACAAGGAGCAGGUGGGAGUGAUGAAGGAGAAGUAUGAGCACACACAGCUCCUCAAACACAUGCCUACCGAGUUCAAGGCAUUUCUCGAACAUAUCCAGACACUGGACUACUUUGACAAACCAGACUAUGCCCUGCUGCAUAACUUAUUUGAACAGUGCAUGAGAAGGAAGGGUAUUAAAGACUUUGAUGCAUUUGAUUGGGAGAAAUCUGGAGGAGAUUUGUCUUUGACAACUACAACAACAACCACGCCACCAGUGGGCAUAAGGCAGUCUGGAAUUCCAGGGUUACUGGUGGGUGGGCAGAAUACCCCUGGUCAUGGGGCCACAGAGGUGAUGGAUGAAAACCUGAGCCAUGAGGAAGAGGACAAGAAACCCGACCUCAUCAUAGACAAUAAGCUGCUGAAGGACCUGGACAACCGUCUCAAGGAGAGCGACAAGGACUACAUAGCACCACUGAAGGAGCAGAAUGGACCGGCUGAAAAGGAUGGCUGGAAGUACGCAGCAGAGGAGCAGGUCAAGGGACAGAAGGAGGUGGACGGAGGAGAGAUGGAGGAGGAGGAGGAGGAGGAGGCUGGGAAGAAGGAGGAAAGGAAGACUGGUAAGAGCCAGGUACCCCAACUGGUGGUGUUAGAGAACCAGCUUCGUCACAUCCUCACCCCGGAGACCAGCCCUAGGCCUCGGUCGGCUGAAGAGGAGUCCCAUAACAAGGUGGGCACCUCCAGAGUUGAACAGGAGGAAGACCAGGCCCCUGAUGAACAACUGAGCAAGGGAUACCUACAGUCUCCCAGUCUUUCACCCAAGAAAAACAGCUCUCAGACAAACAAAGAGCGUGGAGAGCGUUUUGACUUCCGAACUGAUGGUGCUACCCAUUUGUUAAAUAGGGAAACUACUUGCCAAAAUCCGGCACCCAAGGCCUUGGACAAGGAUGUUGCAGGGAAAAUCGAUUCGCCCUUAGUAGAGCAAGGGAGAGAAGUGCGACAAGCUCCUGGGCACGAAGACACUGGGGAGCGAGCUCAUGAAAACUCUGAGUGCAAUAUAGUAGAUGAAAAGCAUAGUAUAGUUAAAGGUGCUGCUAGAGCGCUGAACUUUAGCAUGGCUCAUCUCCAGGCGGAUGAGAAAACGCACACCAAUGCAGAUGAAAAUGUUACAAACUUUUAUGGGGACGAGUAUGCAACUAAGGCAUUUCCGUACACAAAUGUAAGUCAGUUAGGGGGUGUGUCUGCAUUUGGUGAAAGCGAUAGUAGUCAUAGUGACCAUUUAGAUGGUAAUCUGACAGAGGGUAAGUCAGGGCGCACACCGACAAAGGCUAAGGACAGGCUAAGAUCUGGUGUGCUAGGUGGCUGGGAUGAAGACAAUGCUCAGAUAGAGAGUGUGCUGAAGACUUCAGUACCGCCUCCAGAUCAGGAGAGAGAGCUUGACUCAAGAAUGGGGUUAAGGAACUCGGUGAUUUUCAUGGAUGAGGAUCGCGACAAUGAUUCGUUUGAUACUCACGUGACAUCUGGCAUCCUUACGCGAGAAAAUUCCCGCGAAGCUUCUCUACAGAUGGACAAGACGCCCUCCUCCAGGCGGUAUUCCACGCCGGUCAUUAUGUGCCCGGCUAGAGAGACGCAUAACUCUCCUGUUAAGUCUUCUAGUCUUUCCAAAACCAUGGAAACAGUUGCCAAGGAUAUCAAACAAAUUGCUUCCAGUCCUCCUGCUCCUUCUAAAAUCCCUGUGAUCAUGUCAAAGUUAAGCUCUACAAAGGGCAAAGACUCUGGGUCAGACUUGAGAGACUCGCGUAAAGUGAGUGCUAUAUUUCAAUUGGCCUUAGGCCCCCACAGGUAA